AUGGCUUUGACUUAUCGCGAACAACAGAUGGCCGAGACAAAAGAGAGGCUACGGUGGGCGGAGAAACUGGAGGCAGUGCAGUCGUCGUGGGAGACGUACACCAAGUGUGAUCCACGUCCGGAUACCGCCAGCGAGAAGGCCCUCAACACAUUCCUCAGCCAAGGGGCGGAUGAAGAGGCAAGGGCUAACACCACCGAAUCUACUGAGUUGGAGCAGGCGAUGGAGAGAUGCGUCUACGGAGAGUCGAUCGCGGCCGACUUGCUCAACGAUAUCGGCCAGUCGCUUGAGAACGGCGAUAUCUCGCGAAUGGCCCGAAACGAAAAGUUUCUUGAACUCCUCCGUGGCCUGUCGUUCGACAAGAUUGACUUCGCCACCGCGCAUCUCCUCAGCCACUGGGAUUCACUCUCUGGGGGAGACGAGGAUUUCGACCGCACGUGCAUGACAGCGGGCGGGAUCCGCUUCGGGGUGUGGGUCAACGUCAGCCUCAAGGGUUUCCGCAUGAAGACGGUGGAUUUUGCCGCAGCGGGGAUGAGCACGGACGUGCCGCGUCCUCUUUCCGGCGCAAGCGUGGCCGUUCGGAACAUCUUCGUGCCAUACCGCUUCGUGCGCAACCAAGGAAACAGCAACGGCAACAGCAACAACGACAGCAUCGGAGCCGGCAGGGUUCCCGGGACAUCAGUGGUGGGGGAUGACGCAGAUGGAUCUAAUGCCAACACCGCUCCGGGAGUUGUGCCGAAUGACGGAUCAGCGCAAAAGGUGGAAAUAGCACAGCUGCGCACACGCAACCUCUAA